AUGAUUUGGCUUAUAGUUCAGGUCUUCAUCCUGACACUUUUCUUCCAGACUCUUUACAGAGGACUCAACAGCCCUCUAUCUCACAUCCCUGGACCAUUCAUAUCACGAUGGACUAGUUUAGUUGUGACGUUUCACUGGUUUAGAGGUGAUAAACCUGCCUACAUUGACGCGCUGCAUAAAAAAUAUGGCCCUGUUGUGCGUAUCAGUCCAGAGGAAAUUGACAUAUGUGACACAAGUGCUGCAAAAGAAAUCUACAAGGUAGGCGGCCGUUUCUUGAAGUCAGAAUGGUACCAGCUUUUGAUCCCACGUCGUUCCGAGUCUUUGUUCUCUAUGCUGGACUGGCACUUACAUUCGGCUCGUCGACGCCUGCUUGCAUCACCGCUCUCAGACUCUUCUUUGACAACACGCUUCGAGUCACAAAUUCGAGACAGGGUUAAACUAGCAAUCAGCAAGAUCUCGGAGGAAAUGGAGUGCAGGGGGUUAGUGGAUGUAUUCAAGUGGUGGCUGUUCAUGGCGACGGAUAUCAUAGGCGAACUGAGCUUUGGGGAAUCGUUUCGAAUGCUGGAAAAGGGACAAAAAAACCAAUACAUUCAUGACCUAGAACACAUAGCGUCUCUUGCACCCAUCCGGACCACAUUCCCAUUUCUAGUGGAUCUCGGAGAAAUCCUUCCUCUCCCUAUCUUCAGCAAGACAGCGAAAGUAAUUGCCAGGCUAGACAAUUACGCAGUUGAGUCAAUUGAGCGGUACAAAUCGCUUCUUGCUAAGGAUACCUUGUUCACAAGGCUUAGCAAUGCAGGCGAAAGGGGUAUUUCAGAUCAGGAAACUCUCAAUGAAGCCAGGGGAUAUAUUGUGGCCGGUAGCGAUACAACUGCGGUGACGCUUACCUAUCUUGUUUACGCAGUAUGUAGCGAUAGUCACAUCCGCAGCACCCUCGUUUCUGAGUUGAAUGGCCUCCCCGACAAAUUUACAGACAGGGAUACACGCAAUCUCCCAUACCUGAACCAGGUCAUCAAUGAGACAUUAAGGCUGUAUACAGCUGUUCCAGGACCAUUGCCAAGAGUAGUUCCAGAAGAGGGAGCCUGCCUGGCGGGAUAUAAUAUUCCCGGAGGAGUAACUGUGUCUACCCAGGCGUAUAGCAUGCACCGCGAUGAGAGGAUAUUCCCUGAUCCACACAAAUUCAAACCAGAGCGCUGGUCCUCACCAACUAAGGCAAUGAAAGAUGUUUCUCUGCCAUUCGGAGGUGGAUCCCGCAGCUGA